CGUCCUCGUCCAAUCAGAGCAGGUCCUCAGUCUCCGUGUGUGACAGACAAAGGAUGAGCUGGCCCGUGGUCACUCAGCCUCAGCCAGGUCUGGGUUUUUCCUCCGGGGAUUCCGAGUGGAGCUCUGGGAUUUGUGACUGCUGCGAGGACAUCCCUGAAUGCUGUUUUGCCUGCUGGUGUUGCCCGUGCUUCGCCUGUAUCACCACUAAAGCCUAUGGUCAGUGUCUCUGUCUCCCCCUGCUGGAGAUCUGUGGCGGCUGCAUCAACCCCAUCACCAUGUCGAUGAGGGUUUCUGUACGCCACCGCUACGGCAUUAAGGGCAGCCUUUGCAGAGACUGUGUGUGUGCUACCUUCUGUCCGCCAUGCGUCUGGUGUCAGAUCUCCAGAGAGAUGAGGAGCCGGAAACUUCCCACCGUGCUCAGUGACAUCAUCCGCCGCUGAUUACAUCAUCACUUCCUGUCCGUCCUUAUUAAUCAGAGUUUAAAUGUUUACAUGUUUAACCUGUGUGUUACAAACUGUGAUUUCUUUUCUUCACAUUCUGAUGUUUUCAUCAAACAUUUAUGAGACGUUCAAUUUCAAAGACAAAAAAGAAAGAUGACCCACCAACCAGGCAACAAACAACCAAUAAAUAACAACAACAAACCAACCAGCAAGAAAAACAACCAAUAAAAAAAUGACCAACC